CAUGGAUUCCCCCGGGCUUCGUUGUCUCGUCUUUGAUUUCCUCUGAAACCCUUCCGUCCGUGGCUGGUGCGGGCUCUGCGACCUGCUUUGUUCCGCUUCCUUUGACGCCGUGUUUUGUGUGACGUUUCUCCCUUGCGGUGAUCUCCGGUCCGCUACUGUCUUCCUUUCCCCUCCCUCCUCCCGGAACCUGCCACAAGAAUGAGGACCUUCUUAUAGUUCGUGUGAGAAACAGAAGGAACAUAGAUCUUGACCGAAACUUCUGGCUAUAUACCCGGCUUUUCCUCAGCACCUAUUCCCUAUGGCUGCCUCCGCUAUUCCCUCCGGCGGGUUGAUCGACCCAAACAAGCAGGCCGAAUACCCCAUAAUCCUGGGCGAUAAACUGGCAGGGAAAAAAGAUGCCUCGCGUUCCAAAUUCGUCCAUAUACAGUACAAUCACAAGUCGAAAUCUACGAACCCGCUCCAGCGAUCCGUCAUCAAGCCCUCUCGAGUCAAAGACCAAUAUAACCUGACGAUCACCGACAGAGUACAGAACUCCGAGAAUGUGUUGAAUUCUUCAUAUAAAGGCAGUGUGGACCCUGAACAUGCCGUUUCCGGACCGGAGGAGCACAACUUGAUCUUGGUGUUCGAUGCUGAACGGAAAGCAUUCGUCUUGGAGCCGGUCGCAACGCAGCUUAACUUCAACCUGCGCUCGGGUCCUGCCAAGACAAGUAAACAGGCGCUUGAGCUGCGUCAGUUGCGGACACUGCAGGAAGACGACCAUGGCUCGGGGGACGACACGAGCGGGGUUGAUGAUGGGCCGGCGGACGAAAGCAACCCAUAUGAUUUUCGCCACUUUCUCCCCAAAGACAAUGCGGAUGAGGAUAACAAGUCGGUCUCAGACAAUGCGACCCCCGAACCCUAUUCCGCACCGAGCAAAGGCAAUACUCCUUUGCUGAUGCCGACAGCCAAGAAGCCUACUGCGAGCCCCAACCUUAAGCCCUCGCCAAAUCCGAAGCCUCUCCCCAAGCCGCAAACGAAUCCUCUACGGCAGACCAAGCGCCCGACCGCGGCGGCGAAACCAGAUACCGCGGCAAAACCCAAUCCAAAGCCCAAGCCUCGUGUACCGGAGAAGGCGAAGCAGCAGGACGGGCCUGAGGUGGAAGCGCCAAAGUCAUCCACACCUCCAGAUUUUGGAACGGGUGCGAUAUCGGCACAUAAAGCAGUCCCGUCACCGGGAUCUAAUAUCAUCGUCGAUGGAAACCUGAUCAUCGACAUGGGGUCGCCGCCCCCUUCGCGUCCCCGCUUCAACAUCAACCCCGCGCACUUCUCGUCCAACAAUACUCCGGGAAUGAAUGUCGCGGAUGAUGACGAAGAUGACGACGAAGAGAUCGAGGAUCUGAGGCUCCCAUCUCCCGCCGGACAUGAGGGGCGACCCGCAGCGCCUGAAAGGCUGCAGCCCGUGUCGCAUGCUCCGGUGACCGAGGAAGAAGUUGAAGACGAUGACGCCUUGGCCGCAGAGAUGGAGGCAGCCUUUGAGGAAAGUGCGCGAGAAGAAGAAGAGGCUCGCAGUCAAGCUUCUCAGCAAGGGACAUUGUCGCAUCAGUACCACGUUCCUAGCGACGACGAGAGUGAAGUGAGCGAGGAAGAAUAGACCCCCGGGUUCAUUCUUUUUGUCGCCCGAUAUUUCUAACCUGUUUUUGGUUUUCGCUUUGAUCUUUUAUUUUUGAUCUACUGUAUCAAGCCUAUAUAUAAGCCCGGAGUUUGGAGCAAAGCGAUGGACGCAAUAGAGCUGGUCCUAUGAUAUUUUGGAAACCAAUGAUACCACCUGUGCAUCCAUGCCUUACCUGUACACAGAAUUGACAUUACCAUUUUACCUGAAUAGCUGCACUGAAUGAAUGACUUGAAGUAUGC